AUGGCUUUGUGGCAGUCACACCGGACCUGCAGGACCACGGCUGUUGAAGUCCCAAACCCCACAGGCCCCAGCCUCGGGCAGACCUGCCUGCUCUUCCUGAUCUUCACGGUGCUUCUGCAGACCCUGUGUGUGGCUGUGAUUUACGUGUACUUCACCAAUGAGCUGAAGCAGAUGCAGGAUGAGCAUUCCAGAAGUGCCAUUGCUUGUUUCAUAAGGGAAGAUGACAGUUCUUGGGAUCUCGAUGAUGAAGACAGUGUGAAUGAUCUCUGCUGGCAAAUAAAAUGGCAACUACAUCAGUUCGUUAGAAAGAUGGUUUUGAGAACCUAUGAAGAAACCAUUCCUACAGGCCAAGAAAAGCUACAAGAUAUUCCUUACCUAGGAAGAGAAAGAGGUCUUCCUAGAGUAGCAGCUCACAUAACUGGAAACAGUCGGAGAACCAGCAUAUCCGCAGCUCCAAGCUCCAAGAAUGAAAAGACAUUGGGCCACAAGAUAAAGACCUGGGAGUCUUCAAGGACAGGACAUUCGUUCCUGAACAAUUUGCAUUUGAGGAAUGGAGAGCUGGUUAUCCACCAAGCAGGGUUCUAUUAUAUCUAUUCCCAAACGUAUUUUAGAUUUCAGGAAGAAGAAACUGUGGGAACUGUUUCAACAGCAGAGAACAGAAAGAAAAACAAACAAAUGGUACAAUAUAUUUACAAAUACACAAAUUAUCCUGACCCUAUACUACUGAUGAAAAGUGCUAGAAAUAGUUGCUGGUCUAAAGAUUCAGAAUAUGGACUCUAUUCUAUCUAUCAAGGUGGAAUAUUUCAGCUUAAGGAAAAUGACAGGAUUUUUGUGUCUGUAACCAACGAACAUUUGAUAGAUAUGGACCAAGAAGCAAGUUUUUUGGGGGCCUUUUUAAUUGGCUAA